UGUGCUCGUCAUGUCCGCCUGGGUUUAACUUGCGCGUUUCUCCGUAGAGUCGCGCAGCGCACAGUGGCAUCGGUGCAGAAGUUGUUUGGGAAUAAUAAGAAUAAGAGUGCGGAGCGCAGAGGAGGAAAGAAAGAGGCGACGGCGGCGUUCAGAGGGUGUUUAGUGGCUGAAUUUACUACCAGCAUCAUCAGCAUCUCCGUGUGAGGAUCCAAACUGCGGGAGACUGCUGCUGCUCACUCCUCUUCAUCUUCACACUAACAGUUUUUUUGGUGUGUGCAGAAGCCAGACAGUGAAUUCCAGCUCCUGAAACCACAGCUGCGUAAACUUGGCCAGAUCUGGUGACAUUGUAGCCUCCGUGUGUGUGUGUGUGUGUGUGUGUGUGCGUGCGUGUGUGUGUGUAUGCGUGUGUGUGCGUGUGUGUGCGCGCGCUGAGCAGCCUGGAUGGAUAUGCGGCUCACCGAGGGAAUUUGAAAAGCAAAGGGGGGAUUACUAUCAGUCCCUCUCCUAUUAUAACCUCAAAAUGGAUGCCGACGACAGGCUGUGGAGACGCCACUGGAUUAGCCACUCUUGCCCUGAUCUGCUUGACAUCUAAGCGGCACGAGCGUUCAAAGUUUGGAUAAUCUAAAAGGCUAAAGGUGUAGGAUGCAGUCUGGAGUGAAGACCCUCUCCGCAGGUGGAGGUGCGUCACUCUGCUGCCUGCUGCUCCUCUGGCUCAUCUACUCCCAUCUGCUCAGAGAGGGCCAGUUGGCGGUGGGGACGUGCGAGAUAGUGAUGCUCAACAGAGACAGCAGCGUUCCCAGGCGGACCAUCGCCAGGCAGACGGCCCGCUGCGCCUGCCGGAGAGGCCAGAUCGCCGGGACCACGAGGGCGAGGCCGGCCUGCGUAGACGCGCGAAUCGUGCGGAGCCGUCAGUGGUGCGAGAUGGUUCCCUGCCUGGAGGGCGAGGUCUGCAGCCUCCUGUUCAACCGAUCCGGCUGGACCUGCACCAGGGGCAGCGGUCGCAUCAAGACCGUCACGCCUUUGCCCAAGGAGCCGUCGUAGGAAUGCAGAGGGAAAACAGCAGGCUCUUUGACGGGAUUCAAAGAAGGAACCGAUGCCAGUCACUACAAC